AUGACUGUGAGGUGGCUCAUGCUGGCUGUGGUACUAGCUGCAGCGUUACACGUGGGAAUUUGCAUUGUGUUCACCAGUGGGGGAACUUUUAAGCUCAUUUGGGGCUACUCUAUUCCAGUGGAUGUUCCAGCGCCGAUGGGUAUCAACUAUGUCCACAACUUCCAGUUCCAGUAUCCUCUGAUAGACAACUCCUCCCAAGUGUCAUACGUGCAGCAGGGGGCGAGGCGUCAGCGGCGCUCCUUCACCCGCAAACAGCUCUACAGCGUCAUAGAGCAUCUGCUUGACGAGAGUGGAUUAGAUCGGACCUGUUUACUGCGCUCGGUCUGUGAAAGCAGCGCUGCGCCGUUUGUGCACAGUGGCUUCAUAGGGGAACUGAGUGGAUUAGACCGGACCUGUUUACUGCGCUCGGUCUGUGAAAGCAGCGCUGCGCCGUUUGUGCACAGUGGCUUCAUAGGGGAAACUGUUCUGGAGAGUGGAUUAGAUCGGACCUGUUUACUGCGCUCGGGGAACUGUUCUGGAGUCAGUGUUGUAUUUAGAGAUUCAUUAGUCUGCUUAUGUUACAGGAGUGGAUUAGAUCGGACCUGUUUACUGCGCUCGGUCUGUGAAAGCAGCGCUGCGCCGUUUGUGCACAGUGGCCUCAUAGGGGAACUGUUCCAGACAAUCCUCACGCCAUACGACCCAAAGGAGGACAGUGACUACAGUGCAGCCUGGAGAGCUGGACAGGAGGGGGAGGACUGUUUCUCGCGCUACUCUCAAUGUCCUCACGGCCAAACUGUUCUUGACCACGUCUCUUACUAUAUGUGAAUAAUAGGGAAAGAAAAACCACAACUCAA